AUGGAGAUGGGCUUCAAAAGUCGAAACAAUGUGAGGCUGACGGAAGGAGCCGUGCCCAGUGUACAGUCUUUAUCUUUGUCUGCUGCUAGCGGGGGUGCUAGCGGGGGUGCUAGUGCUAACGCGGGUAAUGCAGGUGCUGGUACAGAAAGAUCUUCAUCAGCUUCAACAAAACGCUGGUUAUUUUCAAUUUUGAGUGAAGAUGAUGAAGCUCUUACAAAAGAAAUCAUGAAUGAACCCGAUGAAGACUUUACCACUGAUUCUUUGCCAAGAACUAUCGAUCAGGCUCUACAGUGCAACAUAAGACUUCCUUAUCGUUCAUCCGGUGUCCAGGUGAAGCCUACAUUGAUAAGUAUUGGCACUCAAACUGAAGAGGAUAUUCAUUCCACUACAACGGCCAUCAAUCAUGUGACCUCUACACCUGUGAAGAAUGAUGAGGAGGAUGAGCAGUCCUCCUUUGAUUUUGAUAGUCAUCAGUGGGACAGCUCUUGGAGCAUUGAGGAGGAGGAAAUGGACACUGAUACAUCGGAGGAAGAGGCACAGGAUGAAGAACAGAGAAAUACAAAACCUAUUCACUUGAGGCGUUCCAUGCGCUCAUUCUCCACUUUGCACCGAAACACACUGGGUUCUCCUUCCUGGGCAUGUAUAGCAGGCUUCUUCUUGCUGCCCUUCACUUCAACCAUAACAGCAACAGAGAAGUUCUGCGAUCUGAUGGUGAGGUCCGCCAUCAAGAUGCCAUAUGCCCAGCGCACCACCUGCCUGUAA